AAAAAAAAAUACGCGGACGACCAAGAGACGAACGUUUUGCAAUGUUAAACUCGCCUGUCUCCAGUUUUGGGGUUUUUAAGUACGAGUUGUGAAUAUUUGACAAAGUUUUGGCAAGAACAUUCAAGAAAAGAACAGCUGGAUAUAAGGAAUCCGCGUUCUGAUUUCUAAAGGUGUUUUAAUUCACGCGGACUUUCGGUUUGUUAACGUUGAAUUUAUGAUGGUUGAGAUUCAUAGGGAGAGAGAAGUCAUGUAUAGCUUUUAACAUUUUUUUGUUUAGCUUUCGGAAUUCGGUUUAACAGCUGGAGGUUGAUUUAAUAGCCCGAGUAUUGGUUUAACAGCAGGGGAGUAAUUUGACUUUUAUAGAUCGGUUUAACAGCUGUCGGCUGUUUCGUUAGUUGGAGACUGGUUUAACAUCUGGAUAUUGGUUUAGCAUUUGAAUACUGGUUUAACAUCUGGAUAUUGGUUUAACAUUUGGAGACUAUUUUAAAAACUGGAUACUUGUUUAACAAUUGAAGACUGGUUUAAUAAUCUGGAGCCUGGUUUAACAUUUUGGAGACUGGUUUAACAACUAUAAACUGGUUCAACAGGAUAGAGACUGGUUUAACAUUUGGAGACUGGUUUAACAGCUGAGGACUAGUUUAACAGCAGCUGUAGAUACCUUUUCCCAGUGGAUGUUCAGAAAUUUUAAGUGAAAAUUCAUCCCGCUUUUAAAGUGUUAACUUCAGGGUGAAUCAGAUGAAUUGUGGUCUCUUUAGAUGCGAGAUCACGACUGAAUAGCUACGCCGCAGUGAUCUAUUGUGAUAGUAUAAGAAUACUUCUCUUACAUCCCUAGUCUUCAUUGUGAAUUUAGCAUUUCAACAUACUGAAAAAAUAGCGUGUUGUUGGCUUUAAAUUAUAUCUUGUGACAAUCAACGCUUCAUUGUGUGUGUAGCAGUUUCAAUUUAAACUAGCUUGAGCAUGAAGGAUAUUUCGAGUUUGUGACCACUUUUUAUUUCCGUGAAGAAGGCAAAAUGACGCGCUGCUUUCCUUGCUAUGGCUGAAAGAAAGGGUAGCAUAGACCCAGGGUGCGUCAGCGAUACUUACCCCCCUGAAAGAGAGACUGCAUUUCUGACUAUAACUGUACCCAGCGGGAGGCAAAAAGACAUGUGCAGGCUUUUGAAACCUUAUUUGAAAAACAUGGAAUGUUUAGCGGACCACCUGGAUAUACAGGACAACGUUACGAGUAGCGUCCCUUUAAAAACCCCGUUCCCGGUUCCCGAGUUCGGUGUGGUGGACGAGGAGUUGUCUUCCCCUGCUUUAUCGGUGAUGAUGUUUGUGUCCGAGUUCGGCGACGCAUGCGCGGAGAAGGUGCGCGGGAAUUUUAAAAAGUUUCCGUGGCGUCACCACCACACGAUACAGCUUCAGAAGGCGGGGUCGUCCAACGUACUAGGACAGCACGAGUUUUACUUCCUGUCGCGUGAACUUCCUCUCUUCAGCGUUUGCGACUCGCCGCAUACUUUAAGCUACGUCCGCUUCAACGUGUUCGUGCGGAGGUUCAACGCCAUGGUCGAGUUUUACCGGUUGAUAACCGGCACAGAAAUGGAAAGCCGGAAGCCUGGGUUUAGUAUCUUCUCUCUGAGUAAAGUUCACCAUAUAGACAAUGCGAAUCCUCCGCAAGCAAUGUGUGAACUGGCGCUCAAACACAGCCCGCAAGUAUCGCCGUACCCCCUCACCGACGCCUACCUCACUUUUCCGGUACACAACCUCCAAGACCUUCUCGCCAUUUUACCAUCAGAUGCGCAUCGUCUUUCUGCGCAUCAUUUUUUGGUCCACGACCCAGACGGGAAUCCCGUUGUACUCUACGAGAUUCCGAAACUCGAACAGUAUAAACUAAAUCAAAACCAAGUACCCCAACCGGUACAAAUAAACACUUUUAUCGACAAAGACAGCGUCCAUAGUGACAGUAUCGAUUCUGGAAGAUUUUCCGAUUACGAUACGUACACCAACGAGCUUGACCAAUGCAUGGCGAGGCUAGCCGUCGUCUGCAACCUCGACACUCAUGCCAAGCCACUUCCGGUGAAGACAUUACAACCCACCGCUCAUCGAAAAGGAACUUGCAGCAUCGUCACCAAAACUUCUUCCGACUCCAGUUCCGUCCUUGACUCUAGCAGUAGCGGGCUUGGGAGCCAGUCAACGCAUUCAUUCCAAGGUUCGAACCCACCCUCGUUACCUCUCAUCGCAGAGAACUCUCGACCCCAUCACUCAGAUAAACUCGCACAUAAAUCAAAGCAUAGUCUUGAUGAUCAUCACACGCCGAAUAUGAAUCAAGCUAUCACCAUAGACUUAACCCAAAUCGACCGAUUGAGUCGUAAUACCAAACCAUCAGCGCUUUAUUCUGAUAACUUAAAUCUAAAUCCUAAUCCAACAAACGUCAACACCUUUCGGAUUCACGAGAACGACAGCCUCCAAGCUCCUCACUCUCAUCACCAAGUAUCUCACCAAGUACCUCACCCUUUUCACCAAGUACCUCACCAGCCUCUACAGGUACCUCAUCCUCUUCAACAAGUACCUCGUUCUUUACAUCAGGCAACUCACCUUCUAAAUCAGGUACCUCACCAUCUUCAACAGGAACCUCAUCCUCUUCACCAAGUACCUCACCAACUUCAAGAGGUACCUCACCCUAUACACCAAGUACCUCACCCUCUACACCAAAACAAACGGCCAGAACAAGUUCAAACAAUCGUCACACAUAAAGACACAUACGUUUGACUUGAAGUACAUAACAUGCUAGUGACUUAAGCUUAUCACCCUUAUGUGUAUAGAAACCAAAUUGUCACCCUUGAUGUUUAUAGCGACUUCGGGUUAUCGCCCGUGAUGUUCAUGGUUACUCUGGAUUAUCACACGUGACUCUCAUGGUGCCUUAAGAUUAUCACUACUGGCCGCAGUUUUAAUAAUAAUAGGAAAAGAUAAUAGUCCGGACUCGUGAGUCGAGACUGUAGGACGUCCCUGAGUCCAUCCAGCUCUGAUGGGUACCGGACUCGCGUUAGGGAAAUAAAUACAGCUGGACAUAGAGCUGACCACACUAUCCUCCUCCUAUGCCGAGGUCAUUGAAGCAGAUGAACUCUACUUCACCUAACCCGCGAACGGGAAAAGACGAUGAUCAUGAGUAAAAGAUAAUUCACUAUGUAAAUUAAUCAACUUAAGUUUUGUUAAUUGUA